GGUACUGCAGACGACUACCAUAGUUUUCAGCUGCUAUAUCCCCAUAUAGUAUAUCAUUUGUAUAUAUAGACUUAUCUGGAAGUGAAGAUGCGGGUCAACUGUGGACUGCUGGCACUAUUGGUGCUGGGCAGCCUGCGCUAUGGUCUGGCUUCGGAUUAUUACUCAUCGAUCACAGGAUUGGAGCAGUUGCUGCACACGGAGCACAUUUUAAUGAGUGACUUGAGCUCUCAGCUGGAUGUGGCCAAAAAUGUCCUCUUGCACUUAGAAAGAGAGCUGUCGGCCAUAAAGGUGGAACAUGCACUGGCUGCUAAAGGCCUGGAGAACUAUCUGACCAAUCCGGUCAAUAUUUAUCGCCUCAUGAAGCGGCUUCACACGGACUGGCAACAAUUGGACAGUCGCGUCCAGCAAAUGAGCAGACAACUGCGCUUCAACAUUACACAACACGAUGGCCUAAGCUUUCCCAGCCAGGAGGAUGUGGACGGAGCCGCAUUGGCAUUAGUUCGCCUGCAGAGCACCUAUAAAUUGGAUGUAGCUCAAGUGGCCGCCGGCAUAUUGAAUGGCAUCAAAUACGGCACGGACAUGAGCUGGCAGGACUGCUUUGUGUUGGGUCAACAACUCUUUGAAAUGGAGGACUACAACAACACGAAAGUGUGGCUGCGCGAGUCCAUGGAGCGAUUGCGGCGCCAUCAGCCACGACCCACCACCCCAGAGCCAGCCUUGCUGAACAGCAUGGAAAUGGUGGCACAGAGUUUAUUCCGUAUGGGCGACUUCGACACGGCAUACGAACUGAGCCAGCGCGUGCUGGAGCUGGAUCCGUCGCGCAUACGGAAUUGGCAUCUGGGCGAUAAGGCCGCCAACGUGGUGCACGACGAAGGCGACGAUGGGGCGCACCAAAGGCAUGCAGCUGGCUACAGACUCUCGCAGGAGUUCAACCACUACGAGAAGGUGUGCCGCGGCGAGGUUAGCCCCUCCGCAGCCCAGCAGCGCCUAUUGCGCUGUCGCUAUACACGCGGCCGGCACGCCUAUCGAGUGCUGGCACCGUUUAAGCUGGAGGAGCAUAACCACGACCCAUUGGUGGUUAGCUACCACGACAUGCUCAGACCGCAGCAAAUUGACGAGCUACGAGAAAUGGCUGUGCCACACAUGCAGCGGUCCACGGUUAAUCCGCUGCCCGGUGGUCAACGCAUGAAGUCGGCAUUUCGCGUGAGCAAAAAUGCAUGGCUGCCGUACAACACGCACCCAAUGAUGGGGCGGAUGUUGCGUGAUGUGGGCGAUGCCACAGGUCUAGACAUGACCUACUGUGAGCAACUGCAGGUGGCCAAUUACGGCGUUGGCGGCCACUACGAGCCUCACUGGGACUUCUUCCGUGAUACGCGCCACUAUCCUGCCGCCGAGGGCAAUCGUAUCGCCACGGCCAUAUUUUAUCUCUCGGAUGUGGAGCAGGGCGGUGCCACAGCGUUUCCCUUUCUCAACUUUGGCGUGCGACCGCAGCUAGGCAACAUUUUGUUUUGGUACAAUUUGCAUCGCUCCUCCGACAAGGACUAUCGCACCAAGCACGCGGGCUGCCCCGUACUAAAAGGCAGCAAGUGGAUUGCCAACAUUUGGAUACAUGAGGCCACACAGACAUUUGCUCGGCCUUGUGAUGUAUUCCGGGAUAAUGAAGUUUCCGUGGGCUAUGAUAUUAUCAAAUAA